AAUUAUUUCUCCGCUGUAUUUGUGUUAAACACAUAUUACAUAAAAUCUGUAUCUUGUAUCAUAUUAAGCUUACACGGGCGUUUACAAGGUGUAAACGGGCUUGCAAGCAAAUCCCAGGCACAGGAAGGAGGACGCCAUUUAUUUGCUUCCGCUGGACUAUUUUCUUCAUGCGUCGUAAACAGGCGCACAGCGGCGUAUUCUUUAGAAGAGCGAACUAUGGAAGAUCCCAUGUGGAGCCGAAAUUAAGGAUACAUUCUUCCGUUAUUUUCUCCUAAAUGCGGGUGUCUGUUCUCCUCCGAUGACACCGAGGGGAUGAAUUUGGACAAAGUCCUUUGUUUCGACACGCUAUGGGGUGCGUGAGUACUAAAUUAGCCCCGGAAACUCCACCGAAUGCCCACCUAGUGGAAACGGUACAAUAUGGGCAGGAGAAAAACAGCCGUAGCGGACACCCACUCGUCAAAAACACCCUACAAUUACAGCAGUCGCCUAACCCCCGGGCUAACCAAGACGGGGCCCCUCGGGCGAAUAAAAAGGUGAAAAAAUACAGAGACAAGUUUGACCCCAGGGUAACGGCAAAAUACGACAUUAAAGCCCUGAUCGGUCGCGGAAGUUUCAGCCGUGUUGUUCGAGUCGAGCAUAGGGUCACCAAACAACCAUAUGCCAUCAAGAUGAUAGACCGAGUACAAGGAAAGGAAGUUUUCGAGUCUGAACUGAAUGUUUUGAGGCGGGUGAGACACAUGUACAUAAUACAAUUAGUGGAGGUGUUUGAAACCCCAGAGAAAGUGUACAUGGUGAUGGAAUUAGCCACUGGAGGCGAACUUUUCGAUAGGAUUAUUGCCAAGGGAAGUUUUACAGAGAGAGACGCAACUCGCGUUUUGAACAUGGUUCUCGAUGGUGUGAAAUAUUUACACGGUUUGGGUAUCUGCCACCGUGACUUAAAACCAGAAAAUUUGCUCUACUAUCAUCCUGGUCAUGACUCUAAAAUAAUGAUCACAGAUUUCGGACUGAGUGCGAUGAGAAAAGGUCCAGAAAACUACAUGAGGACUACUUGUGGAACUCCCGAGUAUAUUGCACCAGAAAUUUUGGCCCGAAAGCCCUACACAACUCAGGUUGACAUGUGGGCAAUGGGCGUGAUAACCUAUAUACUGCUUAGUGGAACCAUGCCUUUUGAUGAUGAGAAUCGAAGCAGGCUGUACAGACUCAUCCUAAAAGCCAAGUUCACCUAUGUUGGAGAGCAUUGGAAGGAUGUGUCUGCACUAGCCAAGGACUUCAUCAGCAAGCUGUUGGUUCUGGAUCCAGACACUCGGGGCACUUCGGCACAGUGCUUGAAACACCCAUGGAUCACAACAAACGCUGCCUCAUCAAGUAACAAGAAUCUCCAUCGCACAAUUAGCCAAAACCUGUUGCAUCGUCAGUCCCUGCAUGCCAAUAGUACAAGUGCCAAAUCGACAAAGUCCAACAAAAGUAAUAAGUCCAACAAGUCGGCAAGGUCACUUCGGUCUGACCAUCGCCGUGUGCAGCCAGAAGAGAUUGAUGAACUUCACAAAGAUCCUGAAGUUCAGGCAGACAUUGCGUCCAUUGGCAGUCACCAUAGCAACUACAGCCAUCGAACGUAACUCCAAGAAUUGUCAGUUUCUUGACACUAAAGCUGGGUAAUCAGUUUCAUUGCUACCUGGCUUAACUUUGAAUUGCCAUCUCAGGAGUUGUGUAUUUAUCAUGAGAAAUGUGUACAGAAUAUUGACUUUUCCCAAAACCAUCAUGCUACAAGUAUGCCUCUCAUGUGUGUGAGGACAUCUGUCGGCAGCUUUCUAAUGGCAUGUUGUCAGGCAGGUAGCAUGUGCCAGAUGUGACUGGACAGUUGGCUGCAAGGGCAAGGAUGUGAUUGGUCAGUAGAUGUGAUAUUGUACAGAAAACCUGUAAACUAAGGUUGUUGAUCUACAUAUUUCCCAGCAUGGCAUCCCUGAUGGACGUUGAACACACUAGGUAUGUGGCUGGUAAAGGACUCGGGAUGGAGUCAGUUGUGAUGUUCCACUGUCGUCUGAGUUAGGUUGCGGGCCAGCCUCUUCUCCUCUGAUUCCACUAAUACAAUGGUUUCCUUUGUCAUAGGAUGUCAGCAUGACCAGAUUUAACCGAUUAUCAUUUUGAAACUUCUUUAUGAUUUAUCUCUUGUCAAAGGAAGAGAUCAUAUGGAAUAAUUCAAUUAUGGAAGAGGUUCUCUGUUGACAACAGUCUUGAAUGGUAUUAAAGAUACAUGAAUUUUUAAGAUUUAAAAAAUGGGGGUUUAUGAUGGAUGUUCAGUUUCGGUUGACUAAAUAUACAGUUUUGAAAGAAAUUGUAGUCCAGAAGGACACAAGACACAAGACAAGUAAGCACCUUUCGAGAAAGAUGGACAUUAUGAUGAUUCACAUAGUUCGCAGUGUUGGCCGAAAUCUCAUCUUUCCUUGUGUCGUAUUGAUCCCACAAUAUUGACAGUUUUACUACCUGUGAAACUACAUGUCAAAGACUCUUUCAAGGCCUUGUGAUAUGAAAUUAUCUCUGUACUUGAGAUACACACCCAGGUGAUACAAGACAUCUUUGAAUACUCACAUUUUCCUGUAGAUGAUUGCUUUGAACAUGCUCAUGAGCCAUAAGCUUUACAAAAUAUACUGCUUUCUUAAAACCAUAUUUACUUGUUGAGUGAUGUUGUCUGAAAAGUAAUGCUUCACUGAAAGAAAGGGUUUUUAAUAUUUUGGUUUUAGUCCAAAAGGUACAUGAUUUUUUUUGGCAUGUUAUUGCAAAGCUAAAUCUUUUUCUUUUGAAAUUUGAAUACAAAGCUGAAAUUGAUAUCCAUCUACAUUUAUGUAAAAUUAUGUUAGGACUGUGUUAUCUUGAUCUGAAGUAAUAUAGCUAAUAUUUGAACAGUUAUCUGCACGAAAUCUGUUGGCUGAUCUGAUUGGUUAUUGUGUACAUUUUGCCCUGCUCAUGUGACCUUUUCAAACAUGCGUGCCACUACAUCUGUGUAAUAUAUUGUCUUAUUCAUCAGCACCAACUUUGUUUAAUGUGAUCCAUUUCUACCUCUUGUAUGGUAUUAAUGUAUAUAUCAUGUAUGUCAGUUGAGCAAAAUAUCUCAUAUGAGCUCUGUAAAAUCUAUAAUUGGUCCUCUAGUUCAUCAAUAUGUGUUUGAUGUCUUUACUCAAGAAGGAAAUUGAUGUAUGUCUUCAACACUGGUUUGCUUCAUUCUGUGACACAGGGCGGUGGGGUAGUCUAGUGGUUAAAGCUCGCCAUGCUGAAGGCCCAGGAUCCAUUCCCCACAUGGGUACAUUGUGUGAAGCCCAUUUCUGGUGUCUCCUGCAGUGAUAUUGCUGAAAUAUUGCUAAAAGCAGCGUAAAACCGUACUCGCUCACUCACUCAUUCUCUGACACAGCAAUGCAUUAGAAGUGCCUUUUUAAAGGUAUUAAAACUCUCUCUUACCGCCAAACAAGUUGCUAACUCACUGUCAAUGUAAUUACACUUCUGGCAAAUAUGAUUGACAUAUUGAAAUGGAUUCUAACCGUCCAACUGGAAGUUGUGGAAUUUGUUGUACAUUAAGACAUGCAUUUCUAUGAGUUAAAGUUGUUGUGAAAUAAUUAAGCUUUGUCUGGGUGGAGCCAAACUCAAUGUAUUGUUGCCAUGAUCUGGUCUGACUGGUUGCUGGUGAAACAGGCUGAAUAUCAUGUGUUUGAACCAUUGUAGAUCUGAGUACAUUCUUUAGGCAUAGUGCUUGCUACACCUUGUAUACUGAUAUUUUUGUUCAAUCAAAACUUGUUGAAAUUGUUCUUUUUGUUAAUUCAAAGUGUUUUGGUGUAAAGCCGUUGUUAUUUCAAGAACUUCUUUCUUCAUAAUAACAUGAAGUGAUAUUUAUAUUUUUAGUACUUAGUGCUAAACUUUAAUGGGUUAUUUCUAGUGCCAAUUCUCAAUGUACCGUCCAUUUUAAUAUGUAGUAUUACAUUUAUUUAAUAUAUUUUUUAAUGAAUGUGUAGCUGAUGGUAUAGUUACUUGUUAUUCCAAUGUGCCAUACAUCCUUAUUUUUGUGGUUUUUAUUUUCAUGAUCGAAUCUAAACUUCGCUGAUCAUUUGAUUAUUUUCUCAAAAUAAUUUGAGUUUGAUUUAAAUUUUACAAAAUUGUCCAUUUUAUCAGUUCUGUUGCUAGAACAUGUUCACUAUGUCAUACAUAUUUUCUGAAGAAGGAAUUUACUUCUGAAUAAUUUCAACUUUGGAGUAAUAUUUUUUUCACAUGGCUGUUUUGCAUAUCUCUGUUGAUGAUUCUAUUGCAAAGAUUUUGCUAAUGUACAUUUGCAUCAAGAACCAUAUUUGUCAUGCAUUUUUGUUCUCUAGUCACGGAUCUGUGAUGUCUCACAUUUGCAACUCUUGAGCAUGUUGAUCACAACAAAGAAAACUCAUCAACGAAUUUGUGUCCAUGUCUUUCACUACAAAAGUUGGAAAUAUCUGACUACUUAAUAGCUAACAUGAGCAAACACCCUGGUUUUUAGGGUUGUAUUGAAACACUUAGUAGGAUAUGAUACAUGGUUAUCAGGCCACGAUACAAUACAUGAUAUGAUGUCAAGUCAACACUUGCCUUCAUUGGAAGCCAUAUUUCAACACCUGUGGUGCCCAGCUAUGAUAUUGCUCUAGCAUAUAUCCGGUGUAUGAAAUAAGCAAGACAUCCAGCCAGACAUCAGGAUUUAACCAGACCAAAUAUGGUGAAUUUACACAGAUGCAUGGAACAUCUAAAAAAAAUUACCAGACCAUCAAGCUGGCUGGUUGUAAAUUUAGACCGUCCGUCAGAGAUCUAGACUGUCUCGGGCGGGCGGUCGGACGGGCCUUAUUUCAUACACUGGCAUAUCAGUAGCCUGAGAACUUGUGGACAUGUUGGAAAGAUUUAGAGGCCAUAUUCCAUCUUCACUGGGACGAGCAUAAGCAAGCCACAAUAAGAAAGUUUGGAUUCCAUCAAAUGCAAAUGAGCAGUGGUUUGAGAACUUACUUAUUUCUGUUGGAAUACAUUACUAGAAAUUCUAUUGUGGCACAAAUUAUGGUGAUGCACUGAAGCAUAGGUGAAUCCUGGUACCUGUAGUAUCCUCUCUCCCUAACAAUGGGAACUGUUGGGAGCACAGCGCUUAUACAUUAUAGGAAAUCAAAAACUACAGAUUUCUGAAAUCUCAAUUGAUAUAUAUGCUCUCCAUCAACAGAUGAGGUAAUAUUGUUGCUUAAAUGUUUGCUCUUAGCUCACAAUGUUAAUAUUGUUUGACCAUGUUUUGUACAUAUAUGUGUCUGUAUAUAGGACAUGUUGAUUGUCUGUCGUCACCUGUGCCUUCUGUGUCAAUCAGGCUAACAUUAUUCAUGAAGCAACAUACAUCUCUCCCCAGUCCAUAUGGCCUCCUGCUUGUUCAAGAGUAACCAUGGUAACAUGCUUUGACAUUGUCAGUGGUGUAUGCCUCAAUGCAAGGUGAUGUUGAUGGCCUAGAUUUUGUCAUUAUUGAUUUCAAUUUCUAAUUUAUAUUUCAACUUUGAUGGAGUUUUACAUGUUCAGAGUAUGGAUGAUAUUAUUUACUUUUGGUGAAGUUGUAAAUAUGAGAACUCCAUGUUUAAUUUUUAAUAUCACUGGCAUUUUGUUUGAAGCAGUGCAUAUGGUGGCCAUAUUGCUGUGGGUAGGCGUAUAAGGGUAAAACAGGUCUGUGUUGUGCGAGGACAAUUCAUUGUUUCUAUAUGAAGAAGUGCUCUCCCUUUCAUGUAUUGUGAGAAAAAAAAAUUGUAAUGAAAAGCUGCAUGUUUCAAAUUUUAAGAAUAUCCUGAACUAGACAUUUCUUUUGAAAAAACUGGACUUUGAAAUUGUGGAAUUACUAUUUAUGUGGGAAGGGACUUUAGUUCUCUGUUUGGGUAUGUUUACAGCAAGGAGGAGCACUUCUUUGUAAAAGUUGCAUGUGCAUUGUUAACAUCAAUUGUCAAUCAGAUAAAGUCUUUGAAAUUAUUUUCAAGAGGUCAUGUUUUGACCAUUCUGCACUAGUUAUCAAUUACACACUUAAACAGAUUUUUGUAGAACAAGCUGUUUUGUCAAUGUCUUGCACAUAAUUGAAACAAGAAAAUAUAUAGCAAGCAAUUUUGUUGCAGAGAAUUGUAUGUAAGGGUACUUUGAAUCAGGAACAUUUAAAGAGCAGUGUUUGUGGCAUGUUGAUAAAAACAUUUUGAAUAGUGCUAAGAAACAAAACGAACUCAAUGGAUUGUAUUAUUCAGUGGAAAGAUGUUGUGUCCUUGACAAAUAAGCUUAUUUUACAAGUGUAGUGAUUUAAAAAUAUUUUGAUAAUGCCUUGCCGUCCAUCCAUCAAUUGCUGUAGUUAUUUUGUGUAUGAAAACUCGUAGAUAUUUAUAAAGCCAUGUGUCUCAGGAGCAAUGCACAGAAUGCAGAAUAACAUAAGGCUCAAAGAUUCUAGAUUUUCCUCCAUGUAAUAUUUGUUACGUUUUGCUCUGUAAAAUUUUCCCAAUUAUCUAAUUGUUGGCAUAAUCUGGUUAAAGAGAAAGUGUUCUAUCAUGUUAAGCCCCUAGAUUUGAUCCUAUAUAUUUUUGCAUGUUUUGUUUAAACGCGUGAAAACGAAAAUGCACAGAACAUGCAUAAGGGUUGCAUAUCAAGGGUAUAGAUUGUCUCCCCUUAAUUUUAAAACAUUUACCGGUAAGUGGUUUCAUGGGAAAAUAGUCACAAAUUGCUACUUGACGGGAGAAUUUAAAGGAUGACUACUUGGGAACACUGUGUUUGUAUCUUUACGCAUAUUUAUCAAUGGUUUGAUACUUACAGACAAUAGGCCCUUCCUGUACUGUGAGGUUAGUCUAUGUAGUAGUGCAAUGUAGAUCCAAAUUUUGCUACGUUCAAUUUUGUAAAAUGUGUUAAGUUUAAUAAAAUCUGUAUAUCCUCUA